UGGCUGAAGUAGCCUGGGGACAGGACAGCAGCUGGAACUGAAGGACGGGCAGGAAGACAGAGGUCCUCACCUGUCAAAAUGCCUAUCCUGAAGAAUCUGGGAGUGUCAGACCCUAAGGUGCCCCGGGCAGGGACCUUGCCCCUGAGGUCCUCUCGGAACCCCUUUGAAGAAGUUUCAGGGCUGGAGGAAGAAGAGGCCGGGGAGCUGGGGUCCCUCCCCAAUGGAACAUCUUGUCGCCGCCGCGCCACCCUGGAGAAGCUUGCAGGCCUGGCCCCCUUCCGUCUGGGCUGGGCCCCGGGCCGGCGGGCAGGCAGCCCCGGGGAUGGGCAGUCCCGCUCUUUCUUGGGCCGUGUGCUGGUACCAGGGAUACGCAGGAGCUCAGCAGAUUUUGGCCUCCUGGCCCGGCUGCAUGGGACCCGAGCCCAUGGCGACGAGGAGGCAGCAGGGGAGGCCGCCCGGAGACUGGCCUUCCUGAGACUCGGGCGUGGAUCCAAGCCCCAGCGUGCGUCCCUGGCUGAGAGAGUGGUGCCUGCAGGCGAGGCAGCUCCAGAGCCGCCACCCAAGGUCCCAGAGCCCCCAAAGAUGAAGGAGCCGUUGUCAGUGCUGGAGAUCCUGAGCCUGAUCCAGCAGCGCGAACUAGCGCGCGCGGACGAGCACAUCCUGGAGCUGGAGGCCGAGGAGCUGGCGCCGUCGGGGGGCGGCGCACCUGGGCCUCCCAAGGCCGAGGGCGCUGGCGGGGGCCGCCGGGCGCGAGACGUGGCGCUGCUGUACGAGGCCCUGCAGCGUGAGCUGUGGGCGCUGGUGCGCGAAACCCUGGCGGGCCCCGGGCCGGGCGCGUGCGCCGGGGCGGGCGCUGUGGCGCAGCUGGGCCAGGUGCUGGUGCAAGAGGAGGCGGCGGAUGGGCGUCGAGGGCCCGGGGCGGCCCGCAAGCUGCGCGCCCGCUGGGCCGAAGCCGUGGCGCGCGCGGCCCGGGAGCGACUAGAGGCGGCGGCUCCCGGGGCGCCCGGAGGCCUGGCCGGGCAGCUGGAGGCGCUGCGGGCGCGGUUGCUGGAAGAUAUGGCCGUUGUGCGGGGCCGCCUGGCCCCCGCCUACCCCGCCGGCCUGGGCGCCUUCGGCGUCUACCUGCGAGGCUACCACGGGGCCCUGGCCGAGUGGCUGGGGGCCUCCGCCCGUCGCAGGCUGCCGCUGGCCGACCGCUAUGCGCUGCUGCACUGGCACAAUCAGGUCUACCCCAGAGAGGUCUUAGGGUUGGUGGACAUGGCUGCCCUGGAGAAUGGGGAGCUGGGGCCCCUUUUGUCCCCUGGCACCCUGCGGGGUUUGGAGGAUGAAUGCGUCACAGAUGUUAAGGCUCAGACCCGGGCCGCCCUUCUCCGUGUGCUGCAGGAGGACGAGGAGCACUGGGGGAGCCUGGAGGACCAGCCCAGCAGCCUGGCCCAGGAUGUGUGUGAGCUGCUGGAAGAGCACACAGAGCGAGCACCCCGCAUCAGCCAGGAGUUUGGGGAGCGGAUGGCCCACUGCUGCCUGGGGGGGCUGGCAGAGUUCCUACAGAGCUUCCAGCAGCGUGUGGAGCGAUUCCAUGAGAACCCAGGAGUCCGGGAGAUGCUACCUGACACCUAUAUCAGCAAGACCAUCGCCCUGGUCAACUGCGGCCCCCCGCUGAGAGCUCUGGCCGAGCGCCUGGCCCGGGUGGGGCCCCCAGAAAGCGAGCCUGCCCGGGAAGCGUCUGCUAGUGCUCUGGACCGUGUGACCCGGCUCUGCCACCGUGUGGUGGCCGACCUGCUAUUCCAGGAGCUGCAGCCACACUUCAACAAGCUGAUGCGCCGGAAGUGGCUGAGCAGCCCGGAGGCCCUGGAUGGCAUCGUGGGCACGCUGGGUGCCCAGGCCCUGGCCCUGCGCAGAAUGCAGGAUGAGCCUUACCAGGCGCUGGUGGCCGAGCUGCACCGGCGGGCGCUGGUCGAGUACGUGCGGCCCCUGCUCCGUGGGCGCCUGCGCUGCAGCUCGGCGCGGACCCGCAGCCGCGUAGCUGGGAGGCUCCGGGAGGACGCUGCGCAACUGCAGAGGCUGUUCCGGCGGCUGGAGUCCCAGGCCUCGUGGCUGGACGCCGUGGUGCCCCAUUUGGCUGAAGUCCUGCAGCUGGAAGACACGCCCAGCAUCCAGGUGGAGGUGGGAGUGCUGGUGCGCGACUACCCAGACAUCAGGAGGAAGCAUGUGGCAGCCCUCCUCGACAUCCGUGGCCUGCGCAACACAGCCGCCCGCCAGGAGAUCCUGGCCGUGGCCCGGGACCUGGAACUCUCUGAGGAGGGAGCCCUGUCACCCCCUCGGGACCGUGCCUUCUUUGCAGACAUCCCCGUGCCCCGCCCAUCUUUCUGUCUCAGCUUCCCUCUCUUCCUGGGCCGCCUCCCCCUCUCCCGGCUGGCCAGGCCCACUUUGGCCUGUCUGCCCCGGCCCCGGCCUCCGUCUCUAGUGCGGCCUCGGGCCCGGCGCUGAGGGUCACCCAGCCGCCUGCUUUAGUGACCCCAUCUAUGCUGCUGACAAGCCAGCCUCCCGUACGGCGCCUCUCCUGACUCCCUGCCUGGGACCACACACCCCUGGGAUAGAAAGACCCUUAGAUGUCUUCUCACCCAACCCCAAACUCCCUGUACAGAAGGGAAAUGAAGGCCAGGCACGGUGGCUCAUGCCUGUAAUCUCAACACUUUAGGAGGCUGAGGCCGGAGGACUGCUUGAGUCCAGGAGUUCAAGACCAGCCUGGGCAACAUAGUGAGACCUGCCCUGUAUCUCUACAAAAAAUAAAAAAUUAGCUGGGCAUGGUGGUGUGUGCCUAUAGUCCCAGCUAUUGGGAAGGCUAAGGUUGGAGGAUCGCUGGAGUUUGAGGCUGCAGUGAGCUAUGACUGUGCCACUGCACUCCAGCCUGGGCAACAAAGCAAGACCCUUUCUCAAAAAAAAAAAAAAAAAAAAAAAAGGGUGGGGGGAACCAGAGGCCAAAGAGACAAAGGAUUUUCCCAAGGCCGUGAAGCCUGUUCCCAGCGCCUCCCCUCCUGCCAUAGCCCAGAGUGGUGAGUGGCGUUCUGGAAGUCUCUACAGAAAUAUCCCAGCUCCCCCGCCCCUUUCCCCCACCUCAAGGUCUGGCCCCAAUCCAAUGUAUUAAGGAACGUUUGAUACUUAGAAUAAAGAGGUUUCUA